CGGCGCUGACAGUCUGGUCCGCGCCGGGCAGCGGGCGCAGCAGCGGGCAGGGCUGCCGGCAGGCACGGAGGCAGAGCCCCGCCGCGCGCGCCCCGGCCCGCGCCCGGCGCCGCGCCCCAGCCCGCCCGCAGGGUGCCCACCUGCCACCCAGACGGGAGGCCCCCCGCGGCCGCAACCGCUGCCCCGGGGCCGGGCGCCCGCGGCGGCACCAUGAGUCCCCGCUCGUGCCUGCGUUCUCUGCGCCUCCUGGUCUUCGCCGUCUUCUCGGCCGCCGCGAGCAACUGGCUGUACCUGGCCAAGCUGUCGUCGGUGGGGAGCAUCUCCGAGGAGGAGACGUGCGAGAAGCUCAAAGGCCUGAUCCAGAGACAGGUGCAGAUGUGCAAGCGGAACCUGGAGGUGAUGGACUCGGUGCGCCGCGGCGCCCAGCUCGCCAUUGAAGAGUGCCAGUACCAGUUCCGGAACCGGCGCUGGAACUGCUCCACCCUCGACUCGCUGCCUGUCUUCGGCAAGGUGGUGACACAAGGGACCCGGGAGGCGGCCUUCGUGUACGCCAUCUCUUCAGCAGGUGUGGCCUUUGCGGUGACACGGGCGUGCAGCAGCGGGGAGCUGGAGAAGUGCGGCUGUGACCGGACGGUCCACGGGGUCAGCCCACAAGGCUUCCAGUGGUCAGGAUGCUCGGACAACAUCGCGUACGGUGUGGCCUUCUCACAGUCGUUUGUGGACGUGCGGGAGAGAAGCAAGGGGGCCUCGUCCAGCCGGGCCCUCAUGAACCUCCACAACAAUGAGGCCGGCAGGAAGGCUAUCCUGACACACAUGCGGGUGGAGUGCAAGUGCCAUGGGGUGUCGGGCUCCUGCGAGGUAAAGACGUGCUGGCGAGCCGUGCCGCCCUUCCGCCAGGUGGGCCACGCACUCAAGGAGAAGUUUGACGGUGCCACCGAGGUGGAGCCACGCCGUGUGGGCUCCUCCAGGGCGCUGGUGCCGCGCAACGCGCAGUUCAAGCCGCAUACAGAUGAGGACUUGGUGUACUUGGAGCCCAGCCCGGACUUCUGCGAGCAGGACAUGCGCAGCGGCGUGCUGGGCACAAGGGGCCGCACGUGCAACAAGACGUCCAAGGCCAUUGACGGCUGUGAGCUGCUGUGCUGUGGCCGCGGCUUCCACACAGCACAGGUGGAGCUGGCCGAGCGCUGCAGCUGCAAAUUCCACUGGUGCUGCUUCGUCAAGUGCCGGCAGUGCCAGCGGCUGGUGGAGCUGCACACGUGCCGGUGACCGCCGCCUGGGCCUACGCCCACAACCACCUAGUGGCCCGGGGAAGGCCGAUAAUUUAAACAGUCCCCACCACCCACCCCAAAAGAUACUGGUUGUAUUUUUUGUUUUGGUUUGGUUUUUGGGUCCUCAUGUUAUUUAUUGCCAAAACCAGGCAGGGGACCCCAGCAGCACUGACUGGGGCCUCCCUAAAGCCUGGGUCUUUGUGGCUGCCACUGACCAAAGGGACCUUGCUCAUGCCUCUGGCUGUCCACAUGUGGACGCUGCUGACCACUCAGUUGCUAUCUGUAACCGUUUUUCCACUUGCAGACUUGAGGUGGGUAACGAAGAGUGUUACAGCCACAUGCCUACUGGCCCUGCCAGCUAGGGAGAGACACAGCCCUCUGGCAGGGGAAUGGUGCCAUUUGCUGGCAGUUGCACCCCCACACAGACACACGGACCCCUGGCAGCUUCAGCCUGGUAGCCUUGUCUCUCAAAUCCCCUGGAAAGGGAAUAGGCAGAUACCAGGUCCAGGGCAAAGGGGUAAUUUCAGGCCUCCACAAGCAGCCCGAGGUUCAAUCUCUGUGGGAACCCUCCAGGCAAGAAGAGCAGGUGAGGAGAAGGCAAGCCAAGGCUGCGGCACCCCCACUCCCAGCCCAGCCGCCAGGCCUCCCCUCAGAGAGGGAGACCACCCAGUCCCUGGUCCCUCCCGAGCAAAAAUACGGCUGCAUCCUGCAUCAGAGACCCCAGCUGGGCCUUCAUGGUGACGCCUCUGUGUGUGUUUCUUCACGGUGCUGCUCCUCCGUGAACUGAGAAUAGAAAUGUCACACACACACACACACACACACACACACAAGAAAUGCCAUGGAAGAGCCCUCCCACCACACACACACACAGAGGAAAUGGCCAUGGGAAGAGCCCUCUCCCAGUCUGGACAACAGUCCUGGGAGGCUGACGAGGCAGGGAGGCACGCUGUGCUCAUCCUAUAGGAGGAAGGGCAAGGUUCAGCUGGCUUCCAGAGUUAGGAGAUGCAGAGGCAGAGCCAGAAGAGCCCUCCAGCCAAGGCUCCUCCCAGGCUCUUGUACCCAAAGGGCCAGAAACUGCAGGUCCCCUUGGGUCGGAACCCUGGGGACAGGGCGCUGGCUGGGAAGCAGCAGGAACAGACAACCUCAGGCUGAGCUAGCGCCCACAUGGCUCCUGAGGGCCGAGCAGGCUCUGAGGGAAGAGGCGGUCGGCGGGAAGGCUGGCCAGGUGAGGUCUCAGCAGCGGAGGCAGCUGUGCCCAGGCACUGUGGGUGCUGAGGCUGAGCUGCCUGGAGACAUAACACCAGCCCACCCAUCAGGAGCCCAGCCCCCAGGAAGCCCUGGUCCAACACAACUGCUUCUCACUUGGGCUCCCAACCACCAGAGGACCUCACUCUUGGCACAGUCUCCAAGCUGCCCCAACACCAGGGCUUUAGGCUCCUGCUGGAGGCCUUAAGCUCCAGGAUCCCAGAUAGAAGUUCCUAGCACCUGGGUUCAGUGUCUGAAUUCAAAGCCCCUGAUCCGAAAUACAAGCUCCAGCCCAUAGACACUCUCCUCCAGGCCUGGUAGUCUGUGCCUCCUGGUGCCGGCUUCCUCACAAAGAGAGGGGCAACACCCCGGGCCCCAGCCAAGCUCUCUGCUCAAUGCCCAUCCAAGAAGGCCAAAACCAAGUGAGAUGCUGGACCCACAUUCAAAUGGGAUAAUCUUGGGACAGGCAGGCUCUGGUGUGGCCCAAAGCUAAGCGUCCUCAUAGCUGCCCAGUUGGGCUCACUGCUUCUCUGACGGGCUCUGUUCAGCUAUCUGCUCAGUGCCAGCGAAAAUACUGUCCCUCCCUGGCAGAGGCCAGACUCGCACAAAGGAAGCAGUAGAGACCCCUCCCCAUCCCCAAGGCCAGCCCCCAGAGCCCCAGAUUCAGGCUGGAUGCUGGUAUGAUGGGCACUACCCCAGGAAGAAGCAAGAGGAUCUGUGACUUUCCACCUAAAAGGGGGCUCCUCAAAGCCGAUCUUCCUGGGGUUCUGAAGGGUGUAGCUGCAGUGAAACAGACUAGAUUCUAGGAAGCUCUGCCUAGGCCAAAGGGAUCCAAGGCUGCAGGAAAAUGGAAUUUCCUUGGACACACCAGCUCCAAAUUGUCCCAAAUAAAGAGGAAGAAUCAGCAAAGGCCUGACAUAGCCCACCCACUCUGAAGCUGGUCAGAGGGUCCAAGCCCGACCCCAAAUCCUCUCCACCAGUCUUACCAAAAGGCAAGGGUGUCCUCUGAGGCCUAGGGCUGGACAAACUCCGGCUCUGGAUGCUGCUACCCCCUCUGCUGCCCCCCGCCCCGAUUUUUAUACUAGGCUUCUUGCCUUUGUGACAUCCCCAUGAAAAUAGUCUGAUGCACGAUAAAAUGAUUAUUUCUUUAUCUUGC